AAAAAAGAAGCAUUUUUUCCUAAAUCUUAACACAUUCUAGAACCUCUCUGUCUCUUUCAAUUUCUCAAAAAUUAAAACUUGUUCUUUGACGGAGCCGACGACAUUGAAGGACCUCGCUAUCUGAAGCUCGUUGAUCAUCUACGAUUACAAUACCACCAAAAAGCUCAACUUGUAAAACAAAAAUGUCUUCAAAGUGGCGAGCUUUGCAACAUCGCACCUUCUUUGAGACCAAUCUAAGCUUACCUCUGUGUUAUUGUCCCAAGUUUCACUCCGACAUUCAAGAGUUGUUUCGUCGUUUAGAGAGAUUGUGGGCAACGAUUCUGUGUCUAGAGUGGCUUUAUCAGUGAUGGUUUUGCCAAAAGUGGAAUACUUGGUUUAUAUAAUUGAAGAUUGCGCAGUUUUGGUGGGUUAUGAUGUUCUUUUCGGCUUGAAUGGUAUUUGUCUUAGAGACUGAAGCUUGUGUUAGGCCCCUUACUGUUAUGGAACAAUACCAAGAGGUUUUCUCUUACUCAUAUUACAUUUUUUCAGCAGUUUCCGGCUAAAUUUAAGGGUUUAAUUGAGGAGGAUGCAAGUUCAAUAGAGAGGUCAAGUAAACAUUUUAAAACCGGUGGUGUUUUCUUAGGACCGUUAUGUGGAUAUGUGCUGCUUUACAGGCGUGUCUCGAAGAAGCAGAGCUAUGGUGUGAGUUUAUGUGCUACUUUACAGGUCUGUCCUGAAGAUGAAGAGCUUGGAUUAUUCAUAGCGCAAGAUCAAGACGUCUAUGUUAUCAGAUGAUUAUCAUCGAAUGCUAGACUUAGAAUAAUAUGGAACAGCUUGGAGGACCCUUUGAGCCAGCCAAACAAAACAAGUUCAUCUCUCAUGUUUGAAUAUUUCCAGUACCUCGUGAGAUGGGUCUUCAACCCCGGAGAUUUCCCAUCCCCGCCACAGGGACUUAAGAGUGAUCUAGUGAGACUAGUAGACAAGUGUUUGACAUGUAAAUCGAUAACCACCAUAGAGAGAAGCUUCUUCUUGCAGUUACCAUCUACAGAAACUACCAAACAAGGACUUGUCCUGGGCACAACUACUCGACUGAAUGGGAGGUGGUGCGGAAGCAGAUGACGACAGAAUUAUGGUGCCAACCGGUUGUAUUUUGGUGUCAACCGGUUAUCUUCAUGACGAUACAUCUGAUCUGUGGUAUUCUGGUAUUGGUAUGGGAAGGCCUCAGGAGUUGGAGGAUAAGGUUAGAGAGUCUAGGAAGAAGAAGGAACGUGACGUUGUAGAUGAUGAUACUGUUAAUGAUCCGCAAAGUAAGAGGCGUCGUGUUAGGGCUGAUACUGAUGAUGAAGCGGUUUAUCAUCCCAAGACUAAGGAGACGAGGGCUGCUUAUGAGGCCAUGCUUAGUCUUAUUCAGUUGCAGUUGGGUGGGCCACCUCUGAAUGUUGUUGUUGGUGCGGCAGAUGAGAUUUUGGCUCUUCUCAAGAACGAAACAUUUGGAAACUCUGAGAAAGAGAUGGAGAUUGAGAAGUUGCUGAACUUUAUUAACAAUCGCUAUUUGGAUCAGCUUGUUUCCAUUGGAAAGUUGAUCACCGACUUUCAAGAGACUGGUGAUUCUUCUGGUGGUGGUGGUGGUAAAGCUAAUGAUGAUGGUUUGGGCGUGGCUGUUGAAUUUGAGGAGAAGGGAGUAGAUGAUGAGGAGAGUGAUCCUGCUGAUAUGGUUCAAGAGGAAGAUGAUGAGGAGGAUGAAGAGACUACCAGAACUAGAGGUAUGCGGGUUGGUGCAGGGAUAAAUGACGAGGAUGAAGGACACUCAAAUGAGGGCACAGAUCUUAAUGUUCAUGACAUUGAUGCAUUUUGGCUCCAGAGAAAGAUAUCUCAUGCAUAUGAACAGCAGAUUGAUCCACAACAAUGCCAGGUACUUGCAGAAGAGCUUCUUAAGAUACUCGCUGAAGGGGAUGAUAUGGAUGUUGAGAAAAAGCUGCUUGUGCACCUUCAGUUUGAAAAGUUUAGCCUUGUUAAAUUUCUGCUGCGGAACCGUCUUAAGGUUGUGUGGUGCACUCGUUUGGCUAGGGCAGAAGAUCAGGAAAAGAGGAAUCGAAUUGAGGAGACGAUGAGGGGGUUGGCCCCAGAGUUGACAACAAUUGUGGAGCAGUUGCAUGCAACAAGAGCAACAGCGAAGGAGAGGGAGGAAAACCUGCAAAAAAGUAUUAAUGAAGAAAUCCGACAUUUUAAGCAUGAAACUGGUGGUGAUGGAGGCAGAGGCAGGAGAGCUGUUGCUGAUAGAGAUUUAGAGACUGGUUGGAUGAAGGGUCAGCGUCAGAUGCUUGACCUGGACAGCUUGGCUUUUGACCAGGGUGGUCUCCUGAUGGGGGAGAAGAAGUGUGACUUUCCCCCUGGCUCUUACAUAAGUCAUGGUAAGGGAUAUGAUGAAGUUCAUGUGCCAUGGGUUUCUAAAAAAGUGGAUAGCAAUGAGAAGCUUGUGAAGAUUACUGAAAUGCCUGAUUGGGCCCAACCAGCUUUUAAGGGAAUGCGACAUUUAAACAGCGUUCAGAGCAAAGUGUAUGACACUGCACUUUUCAAGGCAGAGAACAUUCUUCUUUGUGCUCCAACUGGUGCUGGGAAAACCAAUGUUGCUAUGCUUACCAUACUGCAGCAACUUGAAUUGAAUAGGAACGAAGAUGGAACUUAUAACCAUGGAGAUGACAAAAUUGUCUAUGUUGCACCCAUGAAAGCCCUUGUUACUGAAGUUGUAGGUAAUUUGUCUAAUCGUCUUAAAGAUUAUGGAGUUACUGUGAGAGAACUCAGUGGGGAUCAGUCACUAACUGGGAGAGAAAUUAAAGAGACUCAGAUAAUUGUUACAACACCAGAGAAAUGGGAUAUCAUCACUAGGAAGUCUGGAGAUCGAACUUAUACACAGCUUGUGAGACUUCUUAUAAUCGAUGAAAUUCAUCUCCUUCAUGAUAGUCGAGGGCCUGUGCUUGAAAGCAUUGUCGCUAGGACUCUUAGGCAAAUUGAAACCACGAAAGAGAAUAUUCGGCUGGUGGGUUUAUCUGCUACACUGCCAAAUUAUGAAGACGUGGCCUUAUUUUUGCGGGUUGAUCUUAAGAAAGGUUUGUUUAAAUUUGACAGCAGCUACAGACCUGUGUCUCUCCAUCAGCAGUAUAUUGGAAUCACUGUGAAAAAACCCUUGCAUAGGUUCCAAUUGAUGAAUGAUCUAUGCUAUCAGAAAGUAUUGGCUGGCGCUGGAAAGCACCAGGUCCUUAUUUUUGUUCAUUCGAGGAAGGAAACAGCAAAAACUGCAAAAGCAAUACGGGACUCUGCAAUAGCGAAUGAUACAGUCAGCAGACUCGUGGAGGAAGAUAGUGUAAGUCGUGGAGUUCUUCGGAGUCACAUGGACAUUGUUAAAAAUCGUGACCUGCAAGACAUUCUACCAUACGGUUUUGCAAUUCAUCAUGCUGGGUUAACAAGGAGUGAUCGUGAGAUUGUUGAGUAUCUUUUUGCUCAAGGGCAUGUGAAAGUCUUGGUUUCCACAGCAACUCUCGCAUGGGGCGUGAAUCUGCCUGCACAUACCGUUAUUAUAAAAGGAACCCAGGUGUAUAAUCCUGAAAAAGGAGCGUGGAUGGAGCUGAGUCCUCUAGAUGUUAUGCAGAUGCUUGGUCGUGCUGGAAGACCUCAGUAUGAUCAACAUGGGGAGGGUAUAAUUAUCACUGGCCACAGUGAGCUGCAAUAUUAUCUUUCUUUGAUGAAUGAGCAACUACCUAUUGAAAGCCAGUUUAUUUCCAGACUUGCUGAUCAGCUUAAUGCUGAAAUAGUGCUUGGAACCGUUCAGAAUGCUAGAGAGGCUUGCCAUUGGCUUGGUUAUACAUAUUUAUAUAUCCGUAUGGUUCGUAAUCCAACGCUGUAUGGCUUAGCACCUGAUGCCCUUGCAAACGACGUAGUGUUGGAGGAGAGAAGAGCUGACUUGAUACACUCGACUGCUACUAUCUUGGACAAAAACAAUUUGGUUAAGUAUGACAGGAAAAGUGGAUACUUUCAAGCUACAGACUUGGGACGCAUUGCUAGCUACUAUUACAUAACCCAUGGGACUAUAGCUACAUACAAUGAGCAUUUGAAGCCAACAAUGGGUGAUAUAGAUCUUUGUCGUCUGUUCUCACUGAGUGAGGAGUUCAAGUAUGUGACUGUUCGGCAAGAUGAGAAGAUGGAACAGGCAAAACUUUUGGUUUGGGUCCCGAUUCCAAUCAAGGAAACUUUGGAGGAUCCCAGUGCAAAGAUAAAUGUAUUGCUACAGGCAUAUAUCUCACGGUUAACGCUUGAGGGUUUUUCUUUGACAUCUGACAUGGUUUACAUUACUCAGACUGCUGGACGUCUUCUGCGAGCUCUUUAUGAAAUUGUAUUGAAGCGGGGAUGGGCUCAACUGGCAGAGAAGGCUCUGAGCUUGUCUAAAAUGGUUGAUAAGCGGAUGUGGAGUGUCCAGACACCCCUUCGUCAGUUUCACGGAAUUCCCAAUGAGACUUUGAUGAUGUUGGAAAAGAAGGAUUUGGUGUGGGAGAGAUACUGUGAUCUAUCGUCACAGGAUUUAGGUGAGCUUUUUCGUAGACCUAAAAUGGGCAGGCCGCUUUACAAGCUCAUCCACCAGGUCCCAAAGUUGAUUCUUUCUGCACAUGUUCAGCCUAUUACUCGAUCUGUUCUACGGGUGGAGCUCACAGUUACACCUGAUUUCCAGUGGGACGACAAAAUUCAUAAAUAUGUUGAGCCGUUUUGGAUAAUUGUGGAUAAUCCACAGAGUCCUGAAUUCUUGAUAGGGAAACUGGAAGAAGUCGACCCUUUUGUUAGCCAAAUCAGUGAGGAAACACUGAAGGAGACACUGCGCCAUGGUAUUGGGUACUUGCAUGAGGGUUUAAGCAGUCUAGAUCAGGAGAUAGUGAUACAGCUCUUUGAAGCUGGCCGGAUUCAGGCUUGUGUGAUGAGCAGUUCAUUGUGUUGGGGCACUCCAUUAACUGCGCAUUUGGUAGUCAUAAUGGGGACACAGUAUUACGAUGUGAGGGAAAAUUCACAUUCUGAUUAUCCCGUCUCCGAUCUGCUUCAGAUGAUGGGGCUUGCUAGCCGACCGCUUCUUGACAAUACCGGGAAGUGUGUGAUCUUUUGUCACGCACCACGAAGAGAGUAUUACAAGAAGUUUCUGUACGAAGCCUUACCUGUGGAAAGUCAUUUCCAGUAUUUCUUGCAUGAUAAUUUCAAUUCAGAAGUGGUUGCUGGGGUUAUAGAGAACAAGCAAGAUGCUGUGGAUUAUCUUACGUGGACUUUCAUGUACAGGAGGCUUCUCCAGAACCCUAACUACUACAAUCUCCAAGGUGUUAGCCACAAGCAUUUGUCUGAUCACUUAACAGAGCUGGUUGAGAAUACCUUGUCUGAUCUUGAAGCCAGUAAAUGCAUUGAGAUAGAAGAUGAGACGGAACUCUCUCCUCUCAACCUUGGUAUGAUUGCUUCUUAUUAUUACAUCAGUUGUACCACCGUUAAGCGCUUCAGUUCUCUGUUGUCUUCUAAAACCAAGAUGAAGGGUCUUCUUGAGAUCUUAACAUCAGCUUCGGAGUAUGACUUGAUCCCUAUACGUCCUGGGGAAGAGGACACAGUUCGGAGACUAAUCAAUCACCAGAGGUUCUCUUUUGAAAACCAAAACUGCACAGACCCUCAUGUGAAGGCAAACGUGCUUCUUCAAGCGCAUUUCUCAAGGCAAAACAUCGACGGGAACUUGGUAAUGGAUCAGUGUGAUGUCCUUAUAUCUGCAACCAGACUUCUUCAAGCGAUGGUUAAUGUGAUAUCAAGCAAUGGCUGGCUAAAUCUUGCUCUGUUAGCUAUGGAAGUAAGCCAGAUGGUAACUCAAGGCAUGUGGGAGCAGGACUCCAUGCUUCUGCAGCUCCCUCACUUCACAGAGGACUUGGCCAAGAGGUGUCAAGAGAAUCCGGGGAAAAAUAUUAAAACCGUUUUUGAUCUUAUGGAGAUGGAGGACGUAGAACGCCAAGAGCUUCUCAAGAUGCAAAACGCUCAGCUUCUCGACAUUGCCAGAUUCUGCAACCGCUUUCCAAACAUCGAGCUUGCUUAUGAGGUUGUGGGCAGUGAAGAGGUGACCCCAAGGAAAGUGAUUACAUUGCAAGUGAUGCUUGAGAGAGACAUGGAGGGGAGGACGGAAGUGGGACCCGUGGAUUCACUCAGGUAUUCCAAGAGCAAAGAAGAAGGAUGGUGGCUGGUUGUGGGAGACAACAAGACAAACCAGUUGCUGGCUAUCAAGCGUGUCUCAUUGCAAUGGAAAGCGAAGGUGAAUCUGGAUUUCACAGUACCGAGUGAACCAGGAGAAAAGUCAUACACAUUAUACUUCAUGUGCGACUCUUACAAGGGCUGUGACCAAGAGUACUCUUUUUUGGUUGAUGUCAAAGGAUCUUGCGCUGGUAAUCACAUGGAAGAAUAAUGUUAUACAGGCCAUAUGCUGAUUCUGGGGAGUGGUAACGUGUCUUCCAGAUAGUCUCCAUACCGUUUGGAUCUCUGUACUCUCAACUUUCUGAGAAUAUAUAUUAAGGUGUAAUCGUUUAUCUGGUCUUAAACUAUCCCUCUGUUUGACGUGUAGGGAAUACUACA